UUACUGCCGGUAGUGACAGCUGAGCAAAUUUCUGUCUUAAAUUUUGAGCGCAAGGCUGUAGAAAAUGCCUCCAUUUUGUUUAUUUUCUUAUGUGAAAUAGUGAAGUGUCGGCAUCGCGAUUAAUCACAACAGAACGUCCCCAAUGCAGUCGUAAUAAAACCCGUAAAAUCCCGUACGAGCUGGAAAAUAUAUUCGUAUAUAUGUUUCUUGUGUGUUUCCCUCGUCCAGAGGGUUCAGAAAAUAGCAGACAUUGGGCGCAUCGCGAGUAAGCACUUUGUCAAAUUGACUACUGUGUCCGGCACCAAAAAUAAUUCUCAAAAUAUCAAUAGUAGUAAUAACACUAUCAAUCGUAGUGUCGCGACAGACAAAGAAAAUUUGAUACAUAUAAAAAAAAGUAAAAGUGUAUUCGGCUCCGUUGGCAAAGACAAAACUGUGCCCCUUUUAUCUCCACCCCCAAUAAUGAACCACGUGACUGGCCAGUACCGCAAGAACGAAGACAAUCCACCGAAUAACCAAAAUAUCAACGUUAAUGAGGUGGAAGACAUGGAAACUCAAGAAGUGACUACAAUGGAAUACAUCACAGAUUCUGGUGGUGCUGAAAUGGAUCAGACUCAGAACGGAGAGAUUGUCAUCGGUCCACAACCUGAUCCGAAUAUGACUGCCCAGGAUGCUGAUAUGGAAGAGGACGAAUCGCGUUCUGAGGCCACUUUCAGAUAUACUGUUCAGCAGUUCAGUAAACUUAAGGAUUCGAUUCUCUCCCCGCCAUGUUUUGUGCGAAAUUUGCCGUGGAAGAUCAUGGUUAUGCCACGCAACAGUCAUGCACAAGAUGCUCGCCAAGACAGACCUUCUCAGAGGUCCCUUGGAUUCUUUUUGCAGUGUAAUGGUGAGAGCGAAUCAAGUUCUUGGUCGUGUUAUGCAGUCGCUGAGCUGCGUCUCCUUUCUGUACGACCAGACGUCGAAAAUUUUCCGAGGAAAAUUCAGCACUUGUUCUACUCCAAGGAAAACGAUUGGGGCUUCUCCCAUUUCAUGACGUGGAAUGAUGUUUUGGACCCAGAAAAGGGGUUCAUCAAAGACGAUGCUAUAACAUUGGAAGUUCACGUUUGUGCAGAUGCCCCUCAUGGUGUAUCAUGGGAUAGCAAGAAGCAUACAGGUUAUGUCGGUUUGAAAAAUCAAGGUGCCACUUGUUAUAUGAACUCUUUACUACAGACUUUAUACUUCACCAAUCAGUUGAGAAAAGCUGUAUACAAAAUGCCAACCGAAUCUGAUGAUUCAACCAAGUCAGUUGCUCUGGCUUUGCAGAGAGUUUUUCAUGAGCUCCAGUUCUGCGAUAAGCCUGUCGGUACCAAAAAACUAACUAAAAGCUUUGGUUGGGAAACUCUAGAUUCGUUCAUGCAACACGACGUUCAAGAAUUUUUGAGGGUGCUAUUAGAUAAGUUGGAGAGUAAAAUGAAAGGUACUUGCGUAGAAGGAACUGUGCCAAAAUUAUUUGAAGGGAAAAUGAUAUCAUAUAUCAGAUGUAAAAAUGUUGAUUACUCAAGUACAAGGUCUGAAACAUUUUAUGAUAUUCAACUGAACAUCAAAGAGAAAAAGAAUAGAGAUGGAAAAUGGUGUAAAUUCGAUGAUGAUGUUGUGUCAAGAUGUACGAAACAAGAGGCUUUGGAACACAACUAUGGUGGACAUGAUGAAGACAUGAACAUGACUGUUAAACAUUGCACUAACGCUUACAUGUUGGUUUACAUUAGAGAUUCGGAACUCCAGAACGUUCUUCAAGAAGUCACAGAUGCAGACAUACCCACUGAACUAGCUGAUCGACUAGCCGAGGAGAAGAGAAUGGAACAGGUUCGGAGAAAGGAACGAAACGAGGCCCACCUGUACAUGACCGUCAACGUUCUGUUAGAAGACUCCUUCGAUGGCCACCAGGGUAACGAUCUGUAUGAUCCUGAGCGUGCUCUCUUCAGGGUGUUCAAGAUCAAGAAGAUGGCAAGCAUCGCAGAAUUAAUGGAAACGCUGGCCGACUCAUUCAAGUACCCGCCUGAGCAGAUCAGACCGUGGCCUUUCAGCCAGAGGUCAAAUCAAACGAUAAGGCCCAGUGUGUUGGACCUAGAUACUGAUCUCCACAAAACUGUUAUCGAUGUAGCUGAAAAUGCAAACCCUUGGAAUAUAUUCCUUGAACUUCUACCGCCAGAUUCAGGACAAACUGCACUUCCAACUUUUGACAAGGAAACAGACGUACUGUUAUUUUUCAAAAUGUACGACCCCAAGCAGAAGAAAAUUCAUUAUUGUGGCCACAGCUAUUUGCCCGUCACUAGUAAACUAGCUGAUAUUAUCCCUCUACUGAACGAAAGGGCUGGGUUUCCGCCCGACACGGAUUUGCUGCUCUACGAGGAGAUACGCCCGAAUAUGAUAGAAAAAAUAACAAAUUUCAAUGAUCCUCUUGAAAAGGUACUGGAAGAAUUAAUGGACGGUGAUAUUAUAGUGUUUGAAAAGGAGGAGCGGGAAGAACUUUCAGAUCUUCCUACUUGUAUAGACUAUUUCAAAGAUUUGUUUUAUCGUGUUGAAGUGACAUUUGUUGACAAGUGCAUACCAAAUGACCCAGGUUUCACCAUGGAGCUGUCGCAGAGGAUGACAUAUGAUCAGUUUGCCAGGGCGGUUGCUCAAAGGGUCGGGACGGAUCCUUAUUUGUUACAGUUUUUCAAAUGCCAGAGGUAUAUGAUGUGUUACUAUCCCUCAAAUAGUAACGNAGAUAGUCCGGGUCACCCGUUAAGGUGCACCUUCGAGGGUACCCUAAAAGACUUGUUAGUAUUUUCAAAGCCAAAAGUUCCCAAGAAGAUAUUUUACCAGCAGCUUAGUAUUCGUGUUAAUGAAUUAGAAAAUAAGAAACAAUUCAAAUGCAUCUACGUGGGUCCUAAAAUGAAAGAAGAAAAGGAAUUGGUGCUAUAUCCGAAUAAAGGGGGGACGGUGGCAGACUUGUUGGAGGAAGCUAAGAAACAAAUUGAGUUUGGAGAAGGCAGCACAGGAAGACUAAGGUUAACAGAAAUAAAUGGCAACAAAGUGUCGAUGGGGCCGAAAGAUGACACGCCACUGGAAUCAUUAGUAGUAGCGGCGACAAAAAUGUAUAGGGUCGAAGAGAUACCGAGGGAUGAAUUGCAGGUCGCCGACGAUGAGAUGCUUGUUCCUUGUGCUCACUUCCACAAAGAAGUUUUCUCGACGUUUGGUAUACCUUUCCUCGUGAAGCUCAAACAAGGAGAACCGUUUCUCAAAGUUAAAGAACGAAUCCAGAAAAAGCUGGCUGUGCCAGAAAAAGAAUGGGAGAAGUUCAAGUUUGUAAUUGUUUCAAUGGGUCGACCCCAAAUCAUCCAAGAGGAAGAUUAUUUUGUGAAUUUAGCUGAUUUUAGGGUUCCUCCUAGUCAAGCAGGUAGCCCUAAGCCUUGGUUAGGAUUAGACCACAUGAAUAAAGCGCCAAAGAGGUCGCGGUUCAACUACCUUGAAAAAGCCAUCAAAAUCUACAACUGAGACUGAUGACAUCUUAGAUUCCCUCGGAAGGACGUUUGUACACCGCAUCGAGGCUAAGGUACAACACUCGAAAGUACAUCUUUGUUAUAAUAUUUUAAGGUGUGAGCGCUGCUUGUCAUUCAGAUUUUCCAAAUAAUCAUUUAUAAUGGCAAUUAUCCUGCUGUAUAACACUUGUACAUAUUAUUUAAUUGACAAAAUAUCUGUUUAGGGUGUAUUCACGAAAUGUUAAUUCUUAUGUUGUACAGGGUUAUUCAGAAUUGUGGUUGGAUUAAUUGAAACCAGUGUGAAUUAUUUUCAAUUAGAUGUCCUUUGUAUUGUGGAGAAUUAUAAUUUUCGAUUGAUUUUCUAACAGACUCUGAAUAACCAGGUAUUAUUUUUUCAGAUUGUAAUAAUUUGUUCACCGGCGUUUCCAAUGAUUUCGGCAAACUUAGCAAAAUAUAUGUACAAUCAUACCCACUGUCCCCUCUGGUGUUUUAGUGAUUUUUAUUUUAUUUAUGUUAAAAAAUGUAGACUCACCUGUUUGUUUUUUAUACUUCUUGUGAAAACUAACAAUAUAAAUUAUUGAAUAAAAUAUACCUAGGUUUUUCGAGAUUUUACAAAUUUUAUUUUUUUUUUGUCGCAGAUAUUGAAGAUUUUUUGCUUGUACAAAAUUUUGUAUCAAAUAAUGAAGAUUGUAUUUAUUGCCACUCUGUAUAUUUCGUAAUUUCAUUGAAGAUAUUGCUUAGCAGUUGAAGUAUUGCAAUAAAAUAUAAAAGAUAUA